CCCACGGUGCCGCUCGCGCCCGGGAUGGAGCCCCCGACCGGCACCGAGAACGCCCGCCUGGUGAGCCCGCGGGGCGGCCGCGCCGACGGCAGCCUGCGCCUCAAGAGUUUGUUCACAGGCUCCCAGGACCACCCGGCACUGGCGCCUCACCCGGCUUCAGCUCUCCACUGCCGCUGCAGCCUCCCGGCCCCCAGCCCCGGGAGGGGCAGGCUCCCCAGCCGGCAGCUGAGAGUCGCCUGCGCCGUCUGCUGCCUCUUCAUGGUCGGGGAGGUGAUAGGCGGGUACUUGGCGCACAGCCUGGCCAUCAUGACGGACGCGGCCCACCUGCUGACGGACUUGGGCAGUAUGUCCGUUAGCCUCUUCUCCCUUUGGGUCUCCACCCGCCCACCCACCAAGACCAUGACCUUCGGCUGGCACCGCUCAGAGAUGCUGGGCGCACUGGCCUCUGUCCUCUCCAUCUGGGUUGUGACCGCGGCCCUCGUCUACCUGGCGGCCGCCCGCAUCAUCAGCAACGACUACGAGAUUGAGGCGCGAGCCAUGCUGGCCACAUCCGCCUGUGCCGUUGGCAUCAACCUGGUCAUGGCCUACAUCCUGCACCAGUCCCCUGCCGGCCAUGGCCACGGCACAGUGGGCUAUGAGCAGCUGGAGAGCUCUGGGGGGUGCCAGCCCAGCCGUGCCCCCCUGCCUGGCAGCACCAGCGUGCGGGCAGCCUUCGUCCACGUGGUGGGUGACCUGCUGCAGAGCGUCGGUGUCCUCGUGGCUGCCACUAUCAUCUACUUCAAGCCUCAGUGCAAGAUUGCAGACCCCAUCAGCACUCUUUUCUUCUCGGUCUUUGUCCUUGGUUCCACCUUCACCAUCCUCAGGGAUGUCUUCAGGGUCCUCAUGGAAGGGACACCACGGGGCACUGAGUUCGAUGCGGUGAAGGAGGUGCUGCUGGAGGCCAGCGGGGUGCGGAGUGCCCACGACCUGCACCUCUGGGCGCUGACGCCGAGCCACCCUGCUGUGUCAGUGCACGUAGCUGUGGAGGCUGGCGCCGACCCCGAGAUGGUGCUCUGGGAUGUCACUGCCCGGCUCCAGAGCAGGUUCGGCUUCGCAUCUUGCACCGUGCAAGUAGAGCAGCACCGGGAGGAGACAGCAGCCUGUCCCCACUGCCAGGACCCCCAUGCCUGAGACCCCUGCCUGCUGCUGCACUGGGCCUGGCCUAGCCUUGGCUCCCCCUGCCCUGGAGCAGGCCAGUGCUUGGGGUGCUGUCCCCUGCUGUCCCCACCCCACUGCUGUGUAGCCCUGGAGUGCGACAGUACCCUCGGUGCACAGUCCUGGGUGGGACGGACACGUGGCCUGGGUCCAGCAGCCCAGGGGCUCCCUGGGAUCCUCCACUCGCUGCUGUGCCACAGCCUCUGAAGAAGGGGGAUCCUGCCCCACCACUCACCCCCACGGAGCCCGGCUGUCCUGGCAGGAACAAUGUCCCCUGUGGGGGACCCUAGAUGUUGCCUUGGAUCCAGAUGCUUGUGCCCCCAUCGCCCCCUUUGCUGCUGCUCAGGCUUGGGGAGGGCAGGUCA